GGCGGCGGCGCGGGCGUCCCCGCGGCGGGAGCGCGGCGGCGCGGGGCUGUAUGGACGUGAUGUCCCCGCAACAGGAGCACCUCGGCCCGGGCCGCUCGUCCUCGGUGAGCGGCGAGAGCAGGGGCUUCGCCGCCGCCGACAGCAAGAAGGUGAGGCCGCCCCCGGAGACCGCACGGGAAAGCGCCCCCCGGUCCUCGUCCGUGUCCCGGAGCUUCCCGCGGCGGGCACCGCAGAAGAUGAAGAGUUUGGCCCAAAGACGCCAGUCUGCACCGUCUCUGAUCUUUGUCAAAGCACUCAGCAGAUCUAGAUCGGCCUCCAGGGAAGGCUGCUUGUCCCCCAUCAGCCCAGAGUCAUGGCCCCUUGUGCAGUCUUUCAUAUGCCACAACCGAAUGCUCAUCCUGGACGGCCACGUGCAGCUGAAGACGAGUCUGCAAACCCAGGAGCGACACCUUUUCCUCUUCACAGACCUUCUGGUUGUUGCCAAGUCCAAGUCACACUCUCAUUUCAAGCUGAAGUGCCAAGCACGUCUCUGUGAGAUGUGGACAGCAUUUUGUACAGAAGAAGUGUGUGAAGGCAGCACAGACCCAGACCGGUCCUUUGUUUUGGGCUGGCCCACCACGAACUGUGUGGCAAACUUCAGGUCUGCAGAACAAAAGGAAACAUGGCUGUCUGUUUUACAAAGUCGAAUAAGAGAAGAGAAGGAAAAAGACAAUCCUAAAAGCAUUCGCCUGACGAUAAUUGCAAAGGACGUGGGGACUUGUGCAUAUUCAAAAACCCUAAAUGUAACCAAUGUUGAUACAGCAAAUGAUGUAAUUCUGAUGGCCUUGCAGCAGCUGGGAAUUAAUGGCUCUGAAAAAGACUACAAGCUAUGGGUGAUUUCAGGAAGAGAACAUGCUCCUUACCCUCUUAUUGGCCACGAGUAUCCCUUUGGAAUUACAAUGAGCCACAUUCGUGACGCCAUGCCCCACGGAUCAAAGCACUGUGCCUGCCCCAGGCAGCUUCAGGGCCCUUUCUUGACGGAGCAGCUGCCCCAGGAGCUGCAGUGCCAGUUUGUGCUGAAGCCCAGCCAGGUGGCCGUGUGCCAGCAGCUGAACGACCUAAGCCAAAAGUCAUUUAAAAGGAAAAGAUCUAUCAUAAAUUGGGCCUUUUGGCGUGGCCCAGGCACUCACUUGGACAAUGCACCCCUCUCCUCAACAUCUGCUGUUCCUGGGAAGCUCUUUGGCCUCUUACUAACAACCAUCUGUGAGGAUGACAACCUGCCCAAACCCCUCUUGGACAUGCUUUCCCUCCUUUACCAAGAGGGGCCUUCCACCAAGGGUAUUUUCAGGCGCUCUGGAAGUGCAAAAACGUUCAAAGAGCUAAAGGAGAAGCUUGAUUCAGGCACUGAAGUGGAUCUGGCCCGUGAAUCCAUAUUUGUGACAGCAUCUUUGUUUAAGGAUUUUCUUCGCAACAUCCCAGGCAGCAUUUUAUCAUCCCAGCUGUGUGAUAAGUGGGUCUCUGUGCUGGAUCAAGGAAAUAAUGAAGAGAAGAUAAAAAGCAUCCAAAGGUUACUAGAGCAUCUCCCCAGAGCUAAUGUUGUUCUCUUGCGUUACAUCUUUGGAGUGCUGCAUGGGAUAGAAAUGCGAUCUGAAGAGAACCAGAUGAAUGCCUUUAAUCUAGCUGUCUGCAUUGCACCUAGCCUGCUCUGGCCUCCUGUAUCCUCCACUCCUGAUAUGGAAAGUGAAUUUAUUAAAAAGAUUUCUAGUCUGGUACAGUUCCUCAUUGAGAAUUGCUGCAGGAUUUUUGGAGAUGAAAUUACCUCCCUCUUUGGAGAAAUACUGAUGACAUGCAAGAGAGAGAACAGCUCAGAUGUUGCUUCUCUCCAUCAGAACGACUCUUCCUAUGACAGCCUGGAGAAUGAGGCGAAUGAUGAAGCUGACUCUUCCUCCAGUGAUUGGAUUAAAGCCCGUGAUCAGGAUUACAGAAGCAGGGAGUCUGUCUUCACUCUGAGCGAUGGCGAUUCGGAGCAGACGGAGGUGGACGAAAUCCAAAGCCAGACCAAACUGAAGCAGUUGGAAAUUUCUGACGACCCGCACCCGAAGUUUUCCUUGCAAGAAAACUCAAACAAGUCUCCCUACUCCAGUGGUUUUCCCUCGGCAGCUACCUCGGGUGCUCCCAAGACGGCGAGGAGGCACCGGCGCUCCUCCGAGCCCGCGGUUGGCCUGCAGGGCUGCGGUUCCGGCCGCGCCGAUGCCGGGCGCGAGAAGGCCACACGCAAAGCCAGCUGUGACGUGGUCCUGCCUCACCAGGAUGAAGAGUGUCUCUGCCAGCGCCGGUCGUUGCAGGUGGAAAGGCAAAAGCUCGGCAAUCAGAGCUUGCUUGUAGGGAUUGAUGUUGGUAAAAGUGACAACACAAACCAAAACGUUGAAAGGAAAGACCUGUCUCAUUGUCUCCUGCCUCCAACGCCAGAGGGAUUAAAUACUUGCUCAGGAUUUAGCUCUUUUAGCCAGUCUUCUUCUGGGACAUCUCCAUCUGUGUCGUCAAUUUGCUCCCUGGACAGUGCUUUCUCCCAGUUUUCAGACCAGGCUCUGUUUACCUUCAGUGAAACCUCCUCCCCUUUCGACAGCACUUUCCAGUUGCUAAAGAAACACGAGGACACUGCUGCCGCUGUGGCUGAUGACUGUUUUCUUCCACCCACCACAGUGCCACCGUCUCCACAACCUACUGAGACUGGGGCCGAGAGGGGCUUGGUGGGGCCCAGCAGCAGGUCAGCACCCCUGAAACCUACUGAUGGAGUCGAUGGCUGUUUCGUUAAGCCUGACCUUCAGCCAUUGCCUCUGAAAGUCACUGGGAGAGAUGGACUUCAUGCAAAGAGGAGGUCUAGAAAAGCAUUACAGCAAUCCAAAGUUUGAAGAGACUGACCAAAGCUUUUUGCAGAGGAACCUUAAUGCUUAAAAUAAACACCAUAAAGAAAAUGCCUUUGGUGUUGAUGUGUGUUCAUUUUAAGUUUAACAUCCAGAUUGUUCAAAUUUAAUUGAGCAGUCCCCGGACUCACAGGUUUUCUUUUUUUAGGAAACUGAGUAAUGUUCCAAUAUGAAGCUUUGCAGGAACAUUGCAGGAAUACUAAAAAUUGCUGAAAAGCAAGCAAACAGAAAUCUCCUGAAAAUCUGGAAGGGACCCAGGAGGUAACUAAGGCCAGUGUCCUGUUCCCUGACCCUGCGAGGGCAGCGGGCUGCCUGCUGGGCCUCUGUCCUUGAGCACUCAAGUGUUGAGCCUUGCAGAUGUGAGUCCCAGUCCUUUGUGCUUUUGAUGUAGCGUGCAAAGUCAGCAUAGCUUCCAUAACUGUGGUAUUAUACUACUGUUCUGAAACUGAUAAGUAUGACCUUCAUUGUCCUCCAAGGAGAAAGUGUGUUGUUUUCUGUAUGUUUAUACGGUAUGUUCAAUAGGUGUAGUUAUUUCUUUCACGCUGCAAAAGAAAGAAAAAAGUAAGCCCAAAAAUAUGUAAAGGGAAAAGCUGAAUCUUGUAACUAACACCUUGCAACUCUGUGUUUCAUUUAUUGUGCUUUGUUAGCUGUUCUGUUCAUGUUUUAGUUGUGAAUAGUUUCUUAACAUUGCUGUAAAUGGCAUUAUGUAUUAUGGCAAGCAGAACACAUGUAAUUUUAUUAUGCAACAUCUAAAACGUACAACCACAGAAUGGAUUGGGUUGGAAAGGACCUUAAAGAUCAUCCCGUUCCAACCUCUUGCCAGAGACAGGGAUACCUCCCACUAGACCAGGUUGCUCAGAGCCCCAUCCAACCCAGCCUUGAAUACGUCCAGGGAUGGGGCAUCCAUAACUUCUUGGGGCAACCUGUUCCAGUGCUUCACCACUCUCUGAGUAGAAUUUCUUCCUAAUCUAAUCCUGCUCUCUUUUAAUUUAAAACCUUGCCCCUUGUCCUGCUGCUAUCUGCCCACAUGAAAAGCCACCUCCCGUCUUUUUAUAAGCCCCCUUAAGGUAGUGGAAGGCCUAAGUGAGGUCUUCUUGAAGCCUCCUCUUCUCCAGGCUUAACAAUCCCAACUCUCUCAGCAUUUCCUCACAGAGGAGAUUUUCCAUUCCUCUAAUGUUCUUUAUGGUCCUUCUCUGUACUCACUCCAACAGGUCCCUGCCCUCCCUGUGCUGGGACCCCAGAGCUGAUGCAGCUCUGCAGGUGGGGUCUGAGCAGAGGGGCAGAAUCCCCUCCCUGGCUCUGCUGCCCACCACUGGAUGCAGCCCAGGACAGCUUUGGCUUCCUGGGCUGUGUGUGCACACUGACAGCUCAUGGCCAGCCUCUCAUCCUCCAGCACCCCCAAGUCCUUCUUGGCAGGGCAGAGUUCUUCUCCCAGUCUGUACCUGUAUCUGGGCUUCUCCUGACCCAGGGCAAGGUGCAGCACCUUGCACUUAGACUUGUUGAACCUCCUGAGGUUCUCAUGGGCCCACUUCUCAAGUUUGUCCAGGUCCCUCUGGGUGACAUCCCGUCCUUCUGUUGUGUCAACUGCACCUCUCAGCAUCCUGUCACCUACCAACCUGCCGAGGGUGCACUCGGUCUCAUUGUCUGUGUCCUACAUCAUAUAAUAUAUUGGAAUAAUGCAUUAUCUAAAUGCUUUGAGUUUGUAUAAUAUAUCCUGUUAAAUUUUGCUAUUAUAUAUGUUCUGAAAAAAAUGUGUAUUUUUGUACUUGCAAGAAACUGCUGCUAAUUUUACAAGUUCUGUUUUGUUGUUACGGCACUGGUAUUGAUGUGUAUGCAUUCAAUGCUAUAUAUUAAAUAUUAUUUGUUAUGUCAUAAA